AUGGAACCUCUACUACCACCACCAACACUACAAUAUCUCUUCAGCGUUCAAUGCGCCGUAGACCCGCCUGUUGAGAUUGGCAAUGGACCAUACGGACGUCGUCGCUGCGUACCCAUCACCGGCGGAACAGUGAGGGGAAAGCAUCUUAAUGGAGAGGUCCUGCCAGUUGGUGCGGAUUUUAUGCUUGUGGAAGAAAAUCAAACCGUACAUGUCAAUACCAACUAUGUUAUUAAAAGUGACGACGGCGCGUAUAUCUAUGUGCGAACUGAAGGUCCUCGUUCCGGGCCCCCGGAAGUGCUAACAGCUUUGAUGGAAGGCGGCCAGGAAGUCGAUUCCUCGCAGUACUGGUUCCAUCUGCAUAUAAAACUUGAGACUGGUCAUGAGAAGUAUCAAUGGAUGAAUAAUAGACUUAUUAUAGCACGGGCUACGAGGAUUAAAGGAGAGGUUGCGUACGAUGCUUAUUUUGUUGAGAACUCAUAG